AUGGAAGAGAUGAACGGAGACACCGUCGUCGCACCUAACGACACCAAGCAUGUCGAAAACGAGAGCGAGACAAGUCACUCAGAAUCUGGCCAAGAGGUUGCUGCAGCAGCAGCUACUGAGCACCCGGCCGAGGAGCCAGAGCGUCACGUCGAGGUCGAGGUUGAGGCCCCCGAGCCUGAGGCCCAGGGUAUCCUGAUGAUAUCUCUUAAACCAGGUGGUCAAGAUGUUGUCCCAGGUACUCAGGAACAACAGGACCAGCCUGACCACCAGAACCAUUCUGGCCAUCACAAUAACCAUCAAGGCGGGCAAGACAGUCACCAUGACGAGGGGGAACAGGCUCAAGGGGACCAGCGUGGCAGCCAGCAAGACCAGUAUGACCCCUCCGCUCCCGAUAUCAGAAGGCAGCCGAUGGACCCUUUUCUUCAACACAACAUCAAAGUUGAGGAAGAGGAUGUCUACGAUAUCAACUCGCACCAGGCCAUUAAUCGUCCCGCUCACCACAUGAACCGCCGUCCAGUGGACCACUUCCGUUUAUAUGAGCGACCCAGUGACCCUUUCCAGGGCAUGCCAUAUGGAGACGGAGACGCUGAGGGCCCUCAUUCCAUGUCCCAGGGCAUGUACUCUGGUGGCAAUGACGGGGACUAUGACAUGGAGGCAAACCAAGAACAGCAGGACAAGGAUCCUUUUGACGGGAUAAAGAGUGGCUUUGAUUUGUUCAGAGGCAAAGGCGUUGGCUAUCAGUCCCGGGGAUAUUCUGGCGAUCACUCGCAGAACCGGCCUCGUGAAAACAACAAGCAAGAGCAGUUCAAGCCACAAGAGCAGUUCAAGCCACAAGAGCAGUUCAAGCCGCAAGAACAGUUCAAGCCGCAAGAACAGUUCAAGCCGCAAGAGCAGUUCAAGCCAUUCAACGAUAACAAGUCCCAAGGCUUUCACUCAAGGUCCAGCCAAGAUGGCUCUGAAAUCGGCGUUCCUCUCGGCCCACGAAUUCAAGUUAUGAGCAAGGCCAAGAAAGCAUUCAUUGACGAGCGCGCAAGUCUGGAGCGUCCUAACCGGUCAUUGUUCAUUAGAAACAUCGAUUACAAUACCUCAAUUGAAGAUGUCAGAGCGAUGUUUGAGCCUUAUGGAGAUAUCCAGAACGUUUUCAGUCUGAUCGACGGCCGCGGGAUGACAUUCAUUACCUAUUAUGACAUUCGUGCUGCGGAGUACGCCAAAAAGGAAGCCCACCUGAAGCUCUUGCACGAUCGUGCUCUUGAUGUCCACUUUUCAUUGCCCAAGGAGAUCAAGCAUAAGGCGGAGUGCCACGAGUCGGACCACAAUGGAACAUUGUUUGUUUAUAUUAGAGGCGUGACUAACGAGCACAUCCCUGACGAGGAACUCGAGAACUUCUUCUCGCGAUACGGAGAUGUCAAGAACGUCUUUUCACGCAGGGACGCGGAACACCAAAAGUUUGUCGAAUUCUUUGACUCACGAGCAUGCGCCCGUGCUUUCCAUGAAGCUCAAGGGGCUGCCUUCAGGCACGGCUCCAUUGACUGCAAGUUUGCAUGGGAUCACUACAGGCCAACGCCUGCACAUCUGCGUGGCACUGCUGCCAAGAGUUAUGAGCGUAACGAUGACAAUGGUGGCAGGUCCCAUCAUUCCAGAACACCCUCCCCCGCUCGCGAGAAGAGUAACUCUCGGAGACAAGACAGUCGAGACAGAGGCAAAGAUGGCGACAAAUCGCGCAAUCACGGCUCUUACACUCCCAAGAAUCCCAGAGGAAGAAGCGAGUCCAAGGAUCGAGACUCUCGUAGCAAGUAUGCUCGACGUGACAGCAAGGACUAUGACAGUCGAUCGCGCAAUGAUAAUUACAAGCGCAACAAUGACCGCUCCAAGGACCGAGGUCGCGAACGUUCGAAGGACCGCUCCAAGGAUCGUUCGCGAGACAGAAAGAAUAGAUCAAGAGACAGGUCAAGAGAUCGAUCCAGGGACCGUUCCAGAGAUAGGGAUCGCAAGUACGACCGCGACCGCGAUCGUGGACGUAACCGUGAUCGCGACCAAGACAGGGACCGUGACCAAGACAGGGAUCGUGAUCGUGAUCGUGACCGUGACCGCAUUACUGGAUCCAACUACAACAGUAACAACAGUAACAACAAUAACAGGUAUCGACAGGACUCGCCUGUCAGAACCUUCCACAAGCCAGGCAGUCUUGGUGACAACCGCAAGGACGAUCAAGGCAGGCCACCGUUCCCUGUUUUCCAAGGAGGUCAGCCUGCUGCAUUCCAGCCAUUCUUUCCUCAGCCCCCUGUACCUGCUCCUAUGCUGAACCCCCUCGAUAUAUCCGCUCAUCAGCGAAUGGAGCAGGCGCAAAAGGCUCAGCAGCUUGUGAACGAAAUGCUCAUCAGUGCAGGAAAGGCUGUGCCUACGCCACCUCCCCAACCCAUGUUUGGCGGUAUCCCUAGCGCCAUGGACUUUAGACGGCCUUUCGUACCAAUUCCUCCUACACAUCCAUUGUCAAUGGGUCAACCGCCUCAAGUGCCCCCUAUGCCACAGAUGCCGACAGCAAGACCACCUAUGCUUCCUGUUCCACCAAUGCCACCUGUCAUGCCAGUGCGUCCUCAGUUGCCAACGGAUCCUCGAUCACAUAUUGCUCCAGUUGCUCCAAUUGCGCCAGCUGUGAAACCUACUUCAAGUGAAGCACCUAAACCACCCACCUCAAUGCCUUUAACAUCUACUUCUCCACCUGCCUCCGCUGCCCCAAGCCAGUCCGUGUCAUCUGCUGCGGCGACGGCGUCUCGUAUGCCUGCUCCAGUAUCAGCAGCUAGCCAAGACUCCUCAAAACCCACCACAGAAGCUCAGGUUCAGCAACUUCUCCAGCUUUUGACCCAAGUUCAGCAGCAAACUCAAGGAGCACCUGGUGCAAAUGUGAAUGGUAACCAGCCGUCGGCUCUUGGACAGGCAGCGGCCUCUAAUGGUGUCAUGGCACUUUUGCCUCAUCUCAGUCAGUUGUCGCAGAUGGUGCAGCAAAACUUUCAGCCUCAACAGCAACAGUUAUCUCAGCCACAGCUACCGUCGCAAGUCCUGUCGCCUCAGUUUCAGCAAGCUCCUCAGCCUUUGAACUUCGGAAACAUGGGUGUGCCUUCAGGAAUGACGGGAAUGAUGAUGUCGCCUCCGGCUCCUCCUAUGAUGCCAGUACCUCCUCCUCCUAGUCUACCAGUUAUGCCACCUACUCUGGCAGCGACUUCCAACUAUGGUGGUGGUGGUGGAGGGCACCAGGCCAGACCAAGCCAAGACGGUAACAUUUGGUACAAGAGACCUUCUGAAAGCCACGAGCAAGGAAAGAACUACUCUGACUAUAACGGCACCAGCGGCAGCAACAGCAACCCCAACGGGACCAAGCGUCACUACACGGAUGGAAGAAAGGACUGGGACAAAGAUUGGGACAAAGAUUGGGAUCGGAAAGGACAUGCUGACGAUUACAAGCGAAGAAGAGACGAUGAUGACGAUAGGAGUGGCAACUACCGGUCUGGAGGGUCAUUUAGAAGCUAUCAAAACAACAGCAGCAGCAACGGAGGUCCAUCAUCUUCAUCUCGAAGAGAAAGUUCUGUGGUUUCUGAGCGUCAUAUCAAGCGAGAGAAUGACGAUGACUACCGUUCUAGGAACAGCCACCGCGACGAGGAUUACAACGGAAACGGAAACGACAAUGUCGAUGGUACAAGUGGAGGCUAUGGCAAUCACGACCGACGUGACAGCAAUGACCGAGAUUGGGACGAGCAAUCGAACUCUUCCUUCCAGCGUGAUUUCAAUUAUCGAGGCCGUGGCCGAGGCCGAGGUCGCGGUCGUGGCUGGGUUGACCGUGGACGAGGCCGAGGAGGAUUUACGCGAGGCGGCGGAUACGGUCGCAAUGAUGACCGCGAAAGCGGCGAUUAUGGUAACGACAACCGAGACGGCGGCAAUGGAGGCAGCAAUAACUACAACAACGGCAGUGGUGACUUUUCUGGCCAGCGUGGAACUUGGAUCCCUCGUGGUCGCGGCCGGGGCCGUGGUACAGCCCGAGGAGGACGCACAGCCUCGUUGGAGGAUGAUCGGUACUGA